UUUUGCAUAUUUCAAACAAAUCGAAUGAAUAAGCUUUAGAAUGCUGAAAAGAUAACGCAGGCCAAACAAAGUCAUGAAUCAUGAAUCAUGACUAAUAUGGGUAUGAAAUGCGAUUAUAAAGUCAGUGCUAACGUAAGCGACAGACAAUUAAUAUAGUUAAUUUGUGCUCGGGAGAAGUUCAAAUGUCAGUAUAUUUCAGCGAUACUUAACGAAAAUUCGGGACAAACAAUACUAUAAGACAUUUUUCGUGACAUUUCGUAACGUCGAGUGUCUGAGUUUCGUUGUUUGUGCACAAGUUUCAGAAUGAAGAAUUUCGUCGUCGUAUUUGUGCUGUUGUGCAUCACAUUUCCUUUCGCAAAUGCGGAAGGUUUCUUUAAAAACCUAUUCGGUAGUUCCAAUCGAAACGAUCCAAACGACAACCUCGACACGUUGCAAAUGAUAAGAAGGGAUGGCUACGAAGCAGAGGCGCAUAUUGUGCAAACGGAAGAUGGUUACCUGCUGACUGUGCAUCGGAUCCCAGGGAAACAGGGAUCCCCCGCGAUCUUUAUGCAACACGGUUUAUUAGGUAGCUCGGCGGAUUGGGUUUUAGUCGGAAGAAACAAGUCUCUAGCGUACUUAUUAGCUGACCAAGGUUACGAUAUAUGGUUUGGAAAUGCGCGGGGCAAUACUUACUCGAGAGGGCACAUUAGUUUGUCCGAUAACGACCUAAAAUUUUGGGACUUCAGUUGGCAUGAAUUAGGGGUUUAUGAUCUACCAGCGAUGAUCAACUACGUUGCAAAAUUAAAAGGGUACUUGAAAGCGUACAUUGGAUUUUCGAUGGGUACAACGGGUUUCUACGUAAUGGCGACCGAACGACCGGAAAUGUUGAUACUGAUAAAAUCGGUGUACCAUCUUGCCCCGGUGGCAUAUGUGAAACACAUAAAAGGUGCCGUAAAAUACUUAUCACCGAUUGCAUUCGACAUAAAGACGGCUUUAUUGCUGCUUGGGAAUGGCGAAUUCACGCCGCAAAAUUUCUUGAUGAAGAUGUUAGAAAAAUAUUUAUGCUUUCGCUUCGCGUUGGAAGAAAGAAUAUGCGCUAAUACGAUAUUCCUCCUGUUGGGCUUCGAUCAAAAACAAUUCAAUUACGCGCUACUACCUUCGAUCGCGAAUCAUGUGCCAGCUGGCACAUCUCUCAAGACGGUGUUCCAUUAUGCUCAACUAGUUGAAUCGGGAUACUUUAGGCAAUACGAUUAUGGCCCUGAGAAAAAUAUGCAGAUUUACAAUAGCACCGAGCCGACCAGUUACGAUUUAUCAAAAAUCACGAAACCGAUCGUAUUAUUUUGGGCUCAAAACGAUUGGUUAUCCGACCGCGAUGACGUGACGAAGUUAGAAAACGAGGUAUCGCAUAAACCGAUAAAGUACACCGUACCAUUUCCAGAUUUCAAUCAUAUAGACUUCCUAUGGGCUGUGAACGUUUCCAAAUUGGUUUACGAACCGUUGGUCGAUAUGAUAAAUUUGCAAUUGAUAAGGAAGAACGGUUAUCCAGCCGAAGCUCAUACCAUAGCGACGAAAGAUGGUUACUUGCUGACGCUGCAUCGGAUUCCAGGGAGAUCUGGGGCCCCUGCGGUCUACUUGCAGCAUGGCAUAUUCGGCAGCUCUGCGGAUUGGGUUGUCCUUGGGAGAGGCAAUGCUCUUGCUUACCUAUUAGCUGAUCAGGGUUACGAUGUAUGGCUUGGAAAUUUGCGCGGUAAUACUUAUUCCAAGGGACAUAUUUCCCUGUCCCCUAAGGACUCCACUUUUUGGGAUUUCAGCUGGCAUGAAUCAGGCGUUUACGAUCUACCAGCUACGAUCACCCACAUUACCGAUUUGAAGAACGAUACUUUGCACGCCUAUGUGGGGUACUCCAUGGGUUCGACAUGCUUUUUCGUAAUGGCUAGCGAACGGCCUCAAGUAGUAAAUCUGCUGCGAUCGGCGUACAGUCUUGCUCCAGUCGCGUACAUGAAGCAUUUGAAAAGCCCCGCGCGAUACUUGGCUCCGUUUCGAAACAUUAUCAAGAAGUUCGUCCAGCUGAUAGGUAAAGGCGAAGUCCCUGCGAUGAAUUAUCUCAUGAAGUACGCGCUAAAAUAUUUAUGUUACUUCGAAGCUAUCAGAAAUAAUAUUUGCACGAAGAUGAUGCUUCUCGCUGUUGGUUUCGAAGCGCCAUUAUUUAAUUCCACGUUGCUGCCUUUGAUUUUCAACCAUGUGCCUGCUGGGACGUCGAUCAAGGCCUUCACUCAUUACAGUCAAGAAAUUAUAUCGGGAUACUUUAGGCAAUACGACUAUGGCGAACAGAGAAAUAUCGAAAUUUACAAUAGCGUUGAACCUCCUAGAUAUAACUUAUCGACGAUCGCGAUACCGAACACCUUCAUUUACGCCCAAAACGAUUGGCUGUCCAAUACUAUUGACGUUAUGAGGCUAGCCAACGAGUUACCAGAAAAGCCACAUAUGUAUAAAAUACCAUAUAAGAAAUUCAAUCAUAUAGAUUAUGUGUGGGGUUCUGAUACUCCUAGAUUAGUGUACAAAAAGUUGAUCGACAUGAUGAAGGAUCGAUUAUAACAGCGAGAGAAGAAAUUGUAUCGAUUUAAUCUUUUUCCAGAAUAUGAAUCAGUUUGAAUAAAAAUUGUAAAAUUCUUUGCAGAGUUCUAAAACGCAUACGCAUUAAUGCGUGUCCUUUGGAGUUAUCUAGCCAUUAACAUAUUUAGAAAUGUCUCUUGUCAAGAAUUUACGGUUAGUCACUCGUCACCUAUCCGCGAGUACACACGUUGCUUGUUUGUUUUCGCUGACAUUGAAUCUUAUUAACGUACGGUAGAAGUACGGUGAUAGGUAUUUUCUUCUUUCUUCUAUUACCACAUAAAAAGAAGGUAUACAAAGAAUUCGAGUUAUUCGUAUCAAUUAUUUAUGAAUCGCGAAGAAUGUUAAACGAUAGCUCGACAUGCGGUGAAUUUAUUAAGGAAGAAACGACAAGAUUUUAAAACAUUCGUUGCGUAGCCUUUUCCGAUGUGGAGAAAUUAUGUUAAAUAGAAAAUUACUCGACUCUUGACUAGAUACAAGAUAAAAUCUAACUUGAAAAUUUGAAUUGAAGUUUCGCGAUGUCGUGUGUUCCACGAAUGGAAACUUUUGGGUCGAACACUCUCUAUUCUUUAUACAGGAUACAUCGAACGUGUAAAUGACUGGACGUGAAUAAUCUGUUCGACGGAUCGAUUCGGUGGUGCAUCCUGAAUAUAAACCCAACUUAGGCAUUUGUCGUUCACCAGUGUUACGUAAAAAGUAUUGAUGUCAUAAUCCACCGAUCGUCCUACAAAGCCAUGGCCUACUUGGUUAAAUUUCAGACAAAUUUCUAUUCCAGACGACCAAAUAUCGAUGUAUCGAAUAAUAAACCAAUUUUGCAACAA